CACCGCACAUGCGCACUCUGAGCUUUUUUGCCAUCCCCACGUGAGAACUCUCUCAGGAACUUUUUCGAGGAAAAUGCCUAAAUUCAAGGCCACCCGUGGGGUUGGAAGUAAGGAAAAGCAUGCGCCGCUGGCCGACCAGAUUCUCGCUGAGGACUCCGUGCGGGCAGGGGCCCGAGAAAAGCGGCGGGGUCGCGGAACUGAAGAGGAGGAAGAGUAUGUGGGGCCCCGGCUGAGCCGACGGAUUUUGCAGCAAGCGCGGCAGCAACAGGAGGAGCUCGAGGCCGAGCAUGGGACUGGGAACAGGCCUGCAAAGACGCCGGAGCGCGCCACGCGGCUGGGGCCAGGAGUGCCCCAGGAUGGAUCAGAUGAUGAGGAUGAGGAGUGGCCCACCCUGGAGAAGGCAGCCAAAAUGACAGGGGUAGACCACCAUGCAGAGGUGGUUGUGGACCCUGAAGAUGAACGUGCCAUUGAAAUGUUCAUGAAUAAGAACCCUCCUGCCAGGCGCACCCUGGCUGACAUCAUUAUGGAGAAGCUAACUGAGAAGCAGACCGAGGUCGAGACAGUCAUGUCAGAGGUGUCAGGCUUCCCUCUGCCCCAGCUGGACCCCCGGGUCCUGGAUGUCUACAAAGGGGUCCGUGAGGUCUUAUCCAAGUACCGCAGUGGGAAACUGCCCAAGGCUUUUAAGAUCAUCCCUGCCCUCUCCAACUGGGAGCAGAUCCUCUACGUCACAGAGCCUGAGGCCUGGACUGCAGCUGCCAUGUACCAAGCUACCAGGAUUUUUGCCUCUAACCUGAAGGAACGCAUGGCUCAACGCUUCUACAACCUUGUCCUGCUCCCCCGGGUACGAGAUGACAUCGCCGAAUACAAACGACUCAACUUCCAUCUCUACAUGGCGCUGAAGAAGGCCCUGUUCAAGCCCGGAGCCUGGUUCAAAGGGAUCCUGAUCCCACUGUGUGAGUCAGGCACUUGCACCCUCCGGGAAGCCAUCAUCGUGGGUAGCAUCAUCACCAAGUGCUCCAUUCCUGUGCUGCACUCCAGUGCGGCCAUGCUGAAAAUUGCUGAGAUGGAAUACAGCGGUGCCAACAGCAUCUUCCUGAGACUACUGCUGGAUAAGAAGUAUGCGCUACCCUACCGGGUGCUGGAUGCCCUGGUCUUCCACUUCCUAAGGUUCCGGACAGAGAAGCGUGAGCUGCCUGUGCUCUGGCACCAGUGCCUCCUGACACUGGUCCAGCGCUACAAGGCGGACUUGGCCACAGAUCAGAAAGAUGCCCUCCUAGAACUGCUCCGGCUACAGCCCCAUCCACAACUGUCCCCUGAAAUCAGGCGAGAGCUUCAGAGUGCAGUUCCCAGAGAUGUGGAAGAUGUAUCCAUUACUAUGGAGUAAAGAGAAUGGAUACAUGUCAUGGCCCAGAUGGCAUGGGAGGACACCAGGACCCUUGUUUGUGAUGAAGCACAACACUGAACCUUUAUGGCUAAAGACCUAGAUCAGGACACUAAUAGGUCCCACCGGCAUCUGUGGUUCCCAGUCCUAAGCAGGGGACAGAGUCUGGCUGGCUCCCUCUUCCAUUCUAGGCCUCCAUCCCUGCUCGCCUCUGGGCCUGCCUUGAGAUUCCACCCCUAGCAUCUCACUCCCUAGCUGGAGCAUGAUAUAAGUACCUUCUCUCCAGCUUCUGUGUCAAGUCACUGUGGCUAAAAACAAAGGCAAGUAUUUAUUGAACCUCUGUAUGGUGGUGUGGUUGAUGGAGAAAUUUCUACUUCCCUCUGUAGCUGGAGAUGGGAGUUACUUUUCCCAGUUUUUGUCUUCAGUUUACACAAGAGCCCCCACCUCUUCAUCUCGAAGAUUGUUUUUCUGGGCUUCACUUGGCUCAUUUGCCUCCACGGGGCAUCUUCUCUGCCUGCCCAAGAGGACAAGGCUACUCUACACAUUGGUAGCAACAGGGAGCUGGCUAUUCAUGAUUUGAAAGGUGUUGGUGGCACGACUGAAUGAAAGGACCACCAGAGAGAGGCCCUCCUCAAGGUUAGGCCUAGAAAUGAUUAGGUCUGGGUCAGCACCAAACAGGUUCUUUUGAGCUUUUUGGCCAACAAACUUUAAACCAGUGUUUAAAGUGUCAAGCUAGGGUAAGAUACCUGUUUUUAUGUAGCAACAGUAUUUUGUGAGAAUUGUGUGAAAUUCAAAUUUCAGUGUCCAUAAGCAGUCUUGGUGGGGUAUAGCCAUGCUGUUUGCCCAUUUUCUGUGCCACCCUCGCAGAGGUGUCUGUCAUCUUGCUGCAUAUCUUCAUUGUUUGCUUUUGAAAGUGUGCAUUUGUUCCAACCCAAUUAAUGUUUGGGAACAGUUUGAUCCUAACACCAGUUUCAU